CAUUGUGAAAAUCGAUCAUAACACUACACGCAGAGGAGUUCUUCCCGCAAGCACGACUAUAGCUGUGCUGCGUAAUUCAUACAAGAAACUAUAAAUUCAUCAAUGCAACCAAACAUGGCCGGUGUGACAGUAGCUACGGCGAUGUUGGCCGCCGCCAUAAUAGUCGUUUCCGGAAUCGCCGGGGCGGAAGCUGAAGCGGCCGCGGCUCCACAACUGCUGCAACCGCUGCACGCGCAGGCGGCUCAGUUCGGACCGGAAGCCAGGGCCGGAUACGCGGCCGGUUACGGUUACGGUGGCGUCCAGGUGCCGGUGGCCGUCCAAGCCGCGGCCGCAGUCGGCAAGUCGGUGCACCUUCACCAGCAGUACCAGCAACAGCACCAGCAGCAACAGUACUACGCGGACGCGCCACCGGCGGCGGUGGUCGGUUACGUGCCGACGGCCGUCUACAAGCCGGACCUGUCCGCUUACGCUUACGGCGCGUCGCCGCACGUGGAACAGCUGCGGCGGUUCGACCCCGUCGUCCGGCCGGUGCACACGGUGGUGCCGAAGGUGACGGCCGUCGAGCCGUCGGUGACCGUGCAAAAGACGUACGUGGACGUGCCCAUCCUGCACCACCACGUAGACCACCGGUUGACGUACGCCGCCGCCGGGCCGGCCGCCGUGGUGCAGGCUGACUACGCGUCGCCGUACUACAACUAUCAGGUGGUCGACCGAUGAGCGGACCGAAAACGAGAACGAAAUUUAUCGUAAUAUUUUCUCAUGAACGUUUAUUAUUAUAACGAUAUAUUGUACAUUUUAUUUUAAUAAUAAUAUAAUGUAUAUUAUUUUGUGGUAUCAAAUCACGCUUUACGCUAAAAGCGCGGCAUAAGUAUAAUAUAAUGACAUUACAACAAUGAUUAUAAAAAAUUU